AUAUUGAACCCGAUAAAGAGCCACUGAGUUGGAGCACACGAAUGAAGAUUGCUGUUGGUGCUGCUCGGGGUCUCGAGUAUCUCCAUUGUAAAGCAAGUCCACCAGUUAUUUACCGAGACUUAAAAUCUGCCAAUAUAUUGUUGGAUGAAAACUUCAAUCCUAAGCUCUCAGAUUUUGGGCUUGCUAAACUUGGUCCUGUUGGUGACAAUACUCAUGUUUCAACCCGAGUAAUGGGAACAUAUGGAUAUUGUGCCCCAGAGUAUGCCAUGAGUGGCAAGCUGACUCUAAAAUCUGAUAUCUAUAGCUUUGGUGUUGUUCUGUUGGAGUUGAUUACUGGGCGUAAGGCAAUUGACUCCUCUAAAAAGCCCGGAGAGCAGAACCUUAUUGUUUGGUCUCGACCUUUCUUAAAGGACCGGAAGAAGUUCAUUCAGUUGGUUGAUCCCCGGCUCCAAGGGAGCUUCCCUGUCCGUAGUUUGCACCACACAGUUGCUGUUACUGCAAUGUGUCUUCAGGAGCAAGCAAAUUUCCGCCCCGCCAUUGGGGAUAUUGCUGUAGCACUUGAGUACUUGGCCUCUCAAACGAAUAAAGUGUCACGGAUGAGUAUAUCCCACUCUCCCCAACCACCAUCACCUUUGCAUCGGAAAAAUGGCUUAUUUCCUCGAGGAGAAAGUUUUGAAAGUUUUGCUUCCAUUUGAAGAAGGUGGUUGCUAGAAAUUGAAUCACUUUAAUCACUAUAAGGCCCCCAACCUUCUUUAUACUGGGAUUUUGCAUAAUUUGGUUUCAGAAGG